GGUUGGAUUUCUCACCUGUGAACAGGUCAACAGGAGGAGGAGGAGGAGAGGAGAGCUGCAGGAUGUGAGACGACCUGGAGGAGAUUCUUCCACUGCGGUUUGACCGAUGUCUGUGUGAUUCUAAUGAGGCGUUUCAGGCUCUGGGAUGUUCAAGAUGUUGCUGUGUUUCUCAGCAUCGCAUCAUAUAUCUGUGACCUAGCCGGAGCCAUCUCCAUCCACUCUCCUCAGAGGAGCCUCACCAGGUCCGUGCAGGAGGAUGUGUUCUUCUCAGUGGACGUUUCCUCCGACGGGCUCCACACCAUACAAUGGAACUUUAUGUCAGGAGCGGUGAGCCGCACCAUCGGGACUUGGCAGCCCGGUGUGUUCACCAACAUCACGGUGGAUUACAGCAGCAGAGUGCAGUCCUACGACAAUGGCUCCAUGGGCCUGUCCAACCUGCGGCUGCAGGACGGAGGAUACUACGUGGUCACGGUGACAGAAACAGAAGGAAGCAGCAAGGACUCCGGGUUCGUCCUGAAAGUGAACGAGGCGCUGUACGAGGACCUUCAGUAUUUGUCCGUCUCUGCUCUGGCUCUGGCCGGCGUGGCCGCCCUGCUCAUGCUCCUCAUGUGGCUGCUGGACAAGGCGUACAGGAGGAUCGUGGCGUGGAGACGCAGGAGACAGAUGCCAGAAGCUAAUGCGACGGAGCUGCAGCCGCUGUGAGGACUGAGCCGGGAACCAAACAGGAAAACUCACCAGAGCUGCAACUUCCAACUGUUGAUUUUAAAUGUAACUGCUGAAUGUAAAUAUUUCCCUCAUGAAACUAGAAAAAAAUACAAACUGUAUUUAUUGUCUAAGGAAAUGAAUUGUGUGAUUUUUCUUCCUUCAUUCAAACGUGACUCAAUCGUUGAAAGAAUGACGACUCAUCAGCGAUGACAGAAAACUUCUCAGGUCUUCAGUGGUUGUUUGUAAAAAGUAAAGUGAAAUAAUUGUGUGUUGAUAUCGUGGCCUCAAACAAAU